GUGAAAAGCAGCCAGGGAAUGAACAGGACUGGCGCCCUCUUCUCAGCCGUUGGGAUCAUUCUCUUUCUAACGGAGCUGAUUUUUAAUGCGUCACAUUAUGACCACAAGGAUGAGGAAUACCGUUGGUUGAAUGCUGGGAAGGGGAUCACAGUCAUGCUGCUCUUGUUGUCCAUCCUGGAGUUCUCCAUCGCUGUCUCAACCUCGUACUUUGCAUCCCAAGCCAUCUGCUAUACCCCCAACACCGCUAUGUUGUUCAGGCCAUAUGCUGCCAAUGAAAACGUUGGGGUUCCCUCCGCACCAAUGCCCCCUCCACCACCUUACACCAAUGAGGCUUAUGACCCCAAAGAAGAGACUGAGCAAUGGGCCUCAUAA